AUGCAAGAAACUGCUCUGGGUUUGGAACAUUCUCAGCCUGCAAGUGCAAACAUCCGUGCUUCUCAGUAUUCAACAACAAGAAGACACCCAGAGCCAGUGAUGGGGAAAAUGAUGGAAUCUAGUUUUUCAGGCACUCAGUCCUUCCCUGAAGCUUUGUCUACAGACAGAGGAGGCCAGGCUGCAAAGCCACAUAGGAAUUUUUCUUCGUGUUGCAAUGCAGGUCAGCAACCUGGAAUGUUGCACAGAAAUGCCUUUCGAAGGACUCCUCCUUUGCCACGGGGUAGAUUCAAUGGCAUUACAGGACCAGCAUACCAACAACUAGAAGAGUCCAAGAUCUCAGAUCAGGAUACGGGACCUUCUCAAGUGUUAUCUCCUGGUUCAAAAACACCACAGAACGCUUCAAUAAAUAUGCAACUGCCUUCAAGAGAAACAAGCUCUUAUUUCAAGAAUGCGGCUCCAAGAAACAUGGGGGGCUACUCAUCACCAAGAGCCAAUUCUGUUCCCAUCAUCCCUUCGGUGGGCUUAGAUGAAGCCUGCAUGCAGACUCAAAACAUUUCGGACAUCACAGGCAUCAAGUGGUGCAAGAACUCUUAUUCCACCGAAAUGGUCAACUUGAGUGCCCCAGCCAGCAGCUGUCUUAUUGCAGAACAACAAGAAGUGAAACUAUUGUUAGAAACUGUCCAGGAACAGAUCCGAAUUCUGACCGACGCAAGGAGGUCAGACAAUUUUGACCCUUCCAAGGUCAAGGCGGAGAACAGUAGGAGUGGAAACACGGUUUUUCUGCCCAUGAGCCCAGUGGCAAAAUCAGAGCGAGAUGAGGCACACUUUGUCUUAAAAAGUGAAUCAAAAAGAGACUUGGCAUCGAUCAAGUGA